CAAACGAGAGGAGAACAGUUGCAUAGACCAGCAGAGUUCGCGGUGCUUUCCUUGUGUUUUGAAAUACGGUUCUUACCGGCUAGCAUUAUAGGAUACUAAACAUGGCUGGAUGGCCACCCAAUGUUGGAUUGAAUCUGAUCCCUGCACUUGGAAAUCUCUCGGGGAACCCUCAACAGUUUUCUCAUCAGUUGCAAGGGUUACAAAUGGUUCAAGCCCAAUUGCAACAGCACAGUAAUCAACAGCAAUAUGUACAUGCAAAUGCAGAGGAUAGAAGACACAUCUCUGAUACUUACAAUGAAAGGGACAAAUCAAGGUUUGAUAACUAUGAUAACAGGAGCUUCAGAAAACGCCAUCAUGAUCAGAAUAUUGAUAAAAGAGAAUACCUCAGUGAGGAUUGUGGAAGGAUAGGGGGGCUGAUUGAUCAUGAAAUUCUCCCAGACUUUGUAUUAUCAAAGAGGGAUUUUCUUAGACAGGAUGCAAGUAUUGGAAAAGCUGAGGUCAGUAGAAGAGGUUAUGAUGUUUCAAAACCUAACUUGCAACCAGAGCUCUUUAAGCUUCGAACAGAGGAUCAUGAUCAAUUUCAACACAGCAGAGGACCAAUUAGACUGAAUCCAAAUGAAAUGAAAUAUGGGAGGAGAGAUGAAUUCACUGUUCCUCUGAAUGCAGUGUUACAUCCAAACUGCUACCUGGUACCUCCUGAAGAUGACUUGGAUGUAUUACCACUAAAUGAUAAGGAACCUGGAUGUCGUUCAAUAUUUAUUCGCAGCCUCCCAGGAAUGGCUGACGAGUUUAUUAUUAGAGAGAUUUUUGGUGUGUUUGGACCUAUAGAGAACCUAAGUCUUAAAACUAUGAAGAAUAAUACCAAUGUUAGACAUUGCCAUCUGACAUUCUCACAACUUGGUGAUGUUGAUAUGGCUGUCAAACUUAAUGGUUACUUGUUGGUUAUUGGAGAUGGAAGUGACACCAAAACAAAGGUCAGUCGCAUUCGCAUGAACUACUUCAAAGUAACAAGAGAUGAGAUAGAUGUUAAAACCACCAGCACUGUCAUUGAACACCAAAAAAAGCCCUAUCAACAUGUUGGGGAAGAUGACCCAGACCUGAUUUAUAGCCGUACAAAAGCUUUCCAGUUAUUGGAUCUGAUUCGUCAUGACAAAUCUGUGGUGAAUUCUUUGGAGAUGAUGACUCACUGGUUAGUAAAAGGUGAAUGUAACCGUUCUACAGUCAAUGUUUUCCACACAAUGCUUAGCACUGUCAAUGGCCUUGUCAAACGACUGAUCAACAAACGAAAAGAGCAUGAGCAACAAGUGGAAAAUCAAAAGAGAGAGGCAGCAGAGAGGACCAAUGAAAUCAAGCAGCAAUGUGAUGCUGUAUGGAAAGUCUUUGAUGCAGCAACUAAACAAAAGGCAUGGGACCAGUUUACAAAGGGACAAAGAAAAACUAUCUCUCAGUGGUUUGCUGUUAUCAGAAAUGAAAUUAAAUCAGCCCAAGAGGCUGAGAUACAAAAUCGUGAGGAGGUAGGUAUGGAUUUGGAUGAUGAAGCAUCAAACCUUGGUGGGCUUAUUGAACAGCCAGCACUUCAAGUGGCUCAAGAACAGAGGCAAGAAGAGGAUGAAAGUUUGGCACCAGCAGCUGCCAAGAAACUUUGCAGUGAUGCUUCAGAGGAGGGAAAUAUAUCAAGAUUGGAUUUGAGAGGUGUAGAAUCGGACGCAGAUUCCAUUGACGCUCUAAAGCUAGAAAAUGCGAAGCUACGCACUCAGGUUGAAAGCUUGAAGGCGAUUGCCGAGCAGAACACCAGCCUAAUGUGGUCCAUGCAGAGCUAUCAGUAUCAAGUGGACAUGACCAGACAACAGUAUGAUAAAAGGUUAAAAGAGAAAGAUUACGAGAUCCUGUGCUUACAAAAAGCUUUGGAGCACAUAAAACAGAACAUCAAACAGGGAGAUCUAAUCAGCGGUGAAUUGGUAGCUACCGGUGACCCAUUGAAGGACCUAGAAGUUGUUGUGGAGUUGAGUAGUGGUAGUCACGCAGCAAUAAAUGGAGUGGAAACAAACUACUGUGAUACACACGGAGAAGGAAAAAGGGAAAGGAUGGAGGAUGAUAGAACAUCAAAAGUUGAAAAGAUUGCAGAAGCAAGUAUUCGAGAUAAAUUGGACGACACAGUGACAGAGGUGGCAACAUUAUCUAAUAAAGGAGUCAAAGAACUGGAUGUUACAGAGGAUAAAGUGGAGGAUAACGUAAAAGAGGGCGAAAUUGUGUGCAUUGGAGAAGCAAAUUUUUCAAAUCAGGAAAACCCGGAAGAAGAAGGGGAAAGGCGAGGGGAGGGAGAGACGCUAGUUGUAGUGAAAGAGGAGCACGUCGAUGGAGAAGUAUUGGUGAACAAAGAAGACUUGCUGAGAGAAAGCGGGAGGGUGGUUGUGAGAGGAGAGACAUCACAUGAAGGAGAGGAGCCAGGGAACUCUUCAGUAGAUGUAGAGAAAAAAGUAGGAGGGCAAAAAGCGAUAGGGGCGAAGAAUGAAACACAGGAAGAGGACGACGAAGAGGAAGGUUCCGGCCGGUUUGUGCAGAUUGAUGAUGAACAGUUCGAAGUGAUUGACGAUAUGGGUGAAGACAGCGACGAUGAUUAUAAAGAGAUAGAUGCACAAGGUUGUUUGAGUGGAAACGAUGAACAAGUAAACAAGCAGUUUGAGAACGAAGAUGCUUGCAAAGAAGUUACUGUUGAUAGCUCUUUGAAUGAGCGAGAAAAGGAAGUUAACGAGCAGGUCCCAACUGAUCUGACAGCUUAUCAGCAGAGUUACAUGUCUUAUUACCAAGCUUGGGCCUCAUCUGGACUUGCGAGUUACAGCCCCAUGUAUUUUGGACCCUCUGUAGUGCGCCUCUCUGGAAAGGAGCUUGUACUCGUUGUAAUCAUUUCUUCGUAUCUUCAGCUGUGCCCCGCUGGUGCCACGAGUGGAGAGAUAAGGGACUACUUGUCGAGACAGUUUCACGAAAAAAUAAAAGUCGUGGUGGAGAGGUUGCUUUCCAGUUUGCCCAUCUUGUUCAAAGCUGGAGAAUCAGGCGGGAACUCAAAAUGGAAGUUUUGUGGAUUUGACUUGGCUCAGUCCAAGACUGAGAAAAACCUUGUUCAUUGAAACAUAAGUGACGCGCCCUUGAAAAUCAUUCAUAUGCAAUGCUCCUUAUACCAAAGUUAUUUUUUUCUUUGCUUUUAACGUCAAAUAAUUGUGCAUUCAUAAUUCAUGUUGUGCUAAAUAUCGAAUUGCAGCACGAGAAACACAGCGCUUAGUUUAGUCACAUUUGCUAAGGCUUUGGUAUAUUUUCUCCGUUAUAAGAAGUGGAGAGUUUAUUUGAAAGUAAGCAUUCAUUUUUUCGCCACCUGCCUGGUUUAUGCGCUCUCCAGGUAACUUCAACCUGCUAUGACGUGAUCUAAUUGUACACUUUAGACAGGUUCAAACUUAAACUGGCCUCGUGUGUAAAAGUGCUUGGAGUCAUUGUUUAUUUAAGGACUUAAUGAACACCGAUUUUCAUUUAAGAGAAUAAAAGUUCGAAUGCAGGGACCGCCUCAGAAAUGCUUCACAUCCAAGAGAAAUUUUGUA